GAGCCAGAGCCAGAGCCCGGGACCGGGCCGGGGCCGGGGCCGGGCCCCCCCGGAGGUGGUGCCGGCCAUGAUUUCGUGAGGAGAGGACCGGUCACUGAGGUCUCCAUCAUGGCCCCAGGAUCUUCUUCAUCAUCAUCUCCUCCAUCACCAGCCCUGCCCCUCCUCCUUCUUCUGUGGGCUGGGGCGCCUCCAUCCAUUGGGCAGCCCUGCCCAGGCCGUUGUAUCUGCCAAAAUGUAUCCCCAACUCUGACCAUGCUGUGUGCUAAGACUGGCCUGCUUUUUGUCCCACCGGCCAUUGACCGCCGAGUAGUUGAGUUACGAUUAACUGACAACUUCAUUGCAGCUGUACGCCGCAGGGAUUUUGCCAACAUGACCAGUCUGGUCCACCUCACCCUGUCUCGCAACACCAUAGGCCAGGUCGCCCCUGGCGCCUUUGCCGACCUCCGGACCCUCCGGGCCCUGCAUUUGGACAGCAAUCGCCUAGGAGAGGUGCGGGGCGACCACCUGCGUGGCUUGGUGAACCUGAGACAUCUCAUCCUGGGUAACAACCAGAUCCGCUGGGUGGAGCCGGCAGCCUUCGACGCCUUCUUGGGGACCGUGGAAGACCUGGACCUAUCCUAUAACAACUUAGAGUCACUACCCUGGGAGGCUGUGGGCCAGAUGGUCAACCUCAACACCCUCACCCUGGACCACAACCUCAUCGACCACAUCGCGGAAGGCACCUUUGUACAACUUCACAAGCUGGUCCGGCUGGACAUGACGUCCAACCGGCUGCACAAGUUACCCCCUGACGGACUCUUCCUCCGAGCUCAGGCCUCCGGCCCCAAGCCACCGUCCACUCUGACAGUCAGCUUUGGAGGAAACCCCUUACACUGCAACUGUGAACUUCUCUGGCUGAGGAGGCUGACCCGAGAGGAUGACUUAGAGACGUGCGCCACGCCCGAGCACCUGACGGACCGCUACUUCUGGUCCAUCCCCGAGGAGGAAUUUCUUUGUGAACCGCCUCUCAUCACUCGCCAGGCCGCUGGCCGGGCCCUUGUGGUGGAAGGCCAGGCAGUGAGUCUGCGCUGCAAGGCUGUGGGGGACCCAGAACCUGUGGUGCACUGGGUGGCACCCGACGGACGGCUACUGGGGAACUCCAGCCGCACUCGAGUUCGGGGGGAUGGUACCCUCGAAGUGACUAUCACCACCCUCCGAGACAGCGGCAUCUUCACGUGCAUAGCCUCCAAUGCAGCGGGGGAGGCCACAGCCCCAGUGGAGGUCUGCGUGGUGCCGCUGCCACUCAUGGCCCCGCCCCCUGCUGCCCCGCCCCCCCUCAGCGAGCCAGGGUCCUCAGACAUUGCCACGCCCGGGCGGCCCGGGACCAACGAGACUGGUUCUGCUGGGGCUGAGCGCAGACUUGUAGCUGCAGAGCUGACCUCCAGCUCGGUGGUCAUUCGCUGGCCGGCCCAGAGGCCUGUUCCCGGCAUUCGCAUGUAUCAGGUGCAGUACAACAGCUCAGCCGAUGACUCGCUGGUCUACAGGAUGAUCCCGUCGAGCAGCAAGACGUUCCUGGUGAACGACCUGGCAGCGGGGCGGGCGUAUGACCUGUGCGUGCUGGCCGUCUACGACGACGGGGUGACGGCGCUGACCGCCACGCGCGUCGUGGGCUGCGUGCAGUUCACCACGGCCGGGGAGGCCACGCCGUGCCGCCCGCUGCACGCCCACUUCUUGGGGGGCACCAUGAUCAUCGUCAUCGGCGGCGUCAUCGUGGCCUCGGUGCUCGUCUUCAUCGUCAUCCUUAUGAUCCGCUACAAGGUCUACGCGGGUGGCGACGCCGGCUCUGGCCACAAGGGGGCGCCGCCGCGCGUCAGCCACGUGUGCUCGCAGACCAAUGGUGGCGCCGCAGGCUCAGGCCAAGCCCCGCCCCCGCCCGCCGCGCUGGACCAAUACGAGGCUCUGCACGAGCUGGCGCCCGCGCCGUCGGGGCCAGACAAGGAGAAAGUCAAGGUCGAGGCCGAGGGGGCAGGGGCAGUGCCGCCCCAGGUGGUGGAGGCGGAGCGGCUCCCGGGCCGGCCGCUGGGCAGCGGCGGAUCGUCCACUUCACUCUGCCUGCUGCCCUCGGGGUCCGAGGCGGCAGCGCCGUCGGGGCCCGAGGAGGACGGGCGGGCGCAGCUGGGGCUCCUGGGCCCUCGGCGAAGCCGCUCGGGGACCCCUCUGGGGACCUCGGCCCCGGCCUCAGCCCCCGCGCUUCCCCCGGGCCGGACCCCCCGGCAGCGCUACUCUUUCGACGGAGACUAUGGCGCACUCUUCCAGAGCCACAGCUACCCGCGCCGGGCCAAGCGGACAAAGCGCCACCGCUCCACGCCCCACCUGCUGGACGAGGACGGGGGCUUGGGUGGCCUGAGCCCCGCGCGGGCCCGCCUCGCCUUCACCAGCACCGAAUGGAUGCUGGAGAGCACCGUGUGAGCGGGACCCCUGGGACCUCCGCCCAGCCUGGGGUGACUCCCACUCCCCAGCCGAGGGGAGUGCGUGCCCUCCUCUCCACCCGAGGCACGGACGCCUGGGUUCUGCAGGGGGACACCUUCCGCAAUCUGGACGCCGGG